AUGCCUUAUUUUUCUGUUGUAUUGUUGCACUUUAUGAUACAUAUUAUGCUGCUUUUAUUUAUUUUUUAUUGUUAGAUUACAACAAUAAUGCUACUUUACUGAGAUAUAUGUCUUGUUACAUGUUACUAAAAGGAAUUUCGGAAUGCUAAAUAGUUUCUCCUCCAGAGCUUGUACAGAUUACUGAUGCUUGGACGCCUUUGAAUUACAAACCAUCCAGCAGCAUUGACCUAAUGAGAUGAAGCGCUCCAGUGUUAUUUCAUUCAUUUUUUGGGUGAAUUGCCUAAGCGCUUUACAACUAGCAUAUGGCAAAAAUGACAAAACAGCCAGCAAGAGGGGAGAGGCACAAGCCUUCCUGCGAGCAGGGAAACUUUCAACCAAACACAAACAUGAAUGCUCCUGGGAAAUUGUUGGAGAUACCACUGUAAGCCUGUUGGUAACCUGUACUGUGCCAAGUAGUAGCACCUACAAUUGUACUUAUGAAGGGGAGCCACAAAAGUGCCCACUGUAUGCUACAAAGGCAAAGCAGUACUGGAAACAGAUCUUUGGUAAAUUUAAGAAAAUGAAAAAUGUCUGUGAGGAGAAGACAUUAAAAUCACGUCUGUGUAAAAAAACUGAAGCUGUAGAAUCCCAACUUCUGAAAUUAGGUGGAGAGGUUUUGGUCGACAAAGCCAAGGGAAAGAUUCGCACUAAGGAACCUGGAAAGGUGCCAGAAGGAAGAGAGAAAGAUCCAGAAGGGAAUGAAAAUGUAGGCGCUGAGAAAAAAUCUGGUACCAAAAAGAGGAAGCCUGACACUAAAUCCAACCUGAAGCCAAUUCCCUCCCCUUCACCAUCUGGGCUUGACCUCACUACAGUCCAGGAGGUUAAUGAUGAUAUAGUAGAGCUGAAUGAGAACCUGGCAGAAGCCUACUGUGCUGAGAAGUGGCAUUCACUGUGUUCUUUCUUUGUUAAUUUUUGGAAUGGCUAAAUCAAAGCUCUCCGUGUGGUAGAAAUGUUAAAGUAGGGCUGUUUAACGUAAUGCUAUAAUGCAGGAAUUUUUGCCUAAUUCCUUUGGACGGCUUGAUACCUAAUAAAUACAACUGACAAAUCCCCAGUACUAAAGAAAACAAGUGUUGACUUGUCUGCAUUCACAAUGUGAUCCCAGAAUAUUUUGUGUAGGAUAUCUUACACUUGGACUUGAAGUUAAUAAACCAUUAAAUGAACACAUGGGCCCAGAUUUAUUAAACUUUGUGAGAGAAAAACUAAAGCAGAGUGAUUUUUCCACAGCAACCAAUCACAGCUCAGCUAACGAGCUCUGGUAAAGUGAAACCUGAGCUGUGAUUGGUUGCUGUGGGUAAAUCCCUUUACUUUUCCUCUCACAUAGUUUGAUAAAUCUGGGCCAUGGUAACUGUUUUCAUGAUUAUCUUAUGAAUUCUAGUGUGUCCAUACAAAUGAAUUGUCUUUAAAAAGUCUUUGAUGUAUCCUAUAGUAUAUAAUAAUAAAACAUUUUUUUUGGUAUGUAG